GAGAGCGAGUGGGUUAGCUGCGCGUGGUCACGUGACACCGAGCCGAGGCUGCCGAGCUGUUCCUGUUCUUGUGCUGUAGAAUGCAGUGAAGUGGAAGAGAGAGAGAGAAAAUCCCAACAGCAGAGCAGGGAAAGAUCCCCCAGCAUUUCCUUGCCAGGGGCUGGCAUCAUGACCCCGUCUGCGUAAUGGAACUGCAGCUGCAACCCAAGGCAUUGGGUAGUUAGAUACGCAUGAGUGAGGGGAUCCCCUGUUGGUAUGUGGAAGCGAUUUUAUUCCUGAAGCAAUAUCAUUAUUUGGAGUGGACUGGUUCACCCUAAUGGCUUGGGUACAUCACAAAGGUUCCUCUCUAUCUUUCCACCAGGGAGCAGAAGCAAGCAGUUGGGAGUCAGUGUUUGUCCAGUAACCGAACUCUUAGCACUUGGAAAGAAGCAAUGCCAUUGGAUGAUGAAGCUGUGCCUGAGCAGCACACAGCAAAUGCUCAACAGGAGAACUCUGAGCCCAUGAGCGAGGAGAUGCUUCGCAAUGCUUAUCACCUUUCCCGGCUAAGGAGCUCCUCGGUAGAAAUAAGGGAGAAAGGGUCAGAAAGGCUGAAGGAGGAGCUGGCAAAGGCACAAAGGGAGCUGAAGCUGAAGGAUGAAGAAUGUGAGAAGCUGUCUAAAGUGCGGGAGCAGUUGGAACAGGAGCUGGAAGAGCUGACGGCUAGUCUCUUUGAGGAAGCACACAAGAUGGUGAGAGAAGCAAACACUAAACAAGCUGCAGCUGAGAAGCAGCUUAAAGAAGCACAGGGCAAGAUCGAUGUGCUACUGGCAGAGGUAACUGCACUGAAGACACUGGUUAUUACGUCUACACCAUCAUCUCCCAAUAGAGAGCUACAUCCACAGCUCCAGUGUCCCUCUAAAGCUGUCUUUAAAAAGGGCCAUGGUCGCAACAAAAGCAUGAGCAGUGCCAUCGUCACAGCAGCAACACAGAACGCACAGUUGCAGACUCUAAAUAAGGAUGGUAGGGAGAUCGACCUGAUUUUAUUUGAUGAGUUCCAGGCAUGGAAGGAGGAACCGACUCUGGAUAAGGCUUGCCCGUUUUUAGAAAGGAUUUACCAAGAAGACAUUGGUCCAUGUCUUUCCUUCGCCAAACAUGAGCUGACCGAAGCGGUCCAGGCUGCUGUCGAGAACAACACGUUGAGUAUUGAACCAGCAGCUGUCCAAGCGCUACCAGUGGUCAAAGCUUCAGCUAUAGAGUGUGGUGGACCAAAUGGGUGGCAGGCUGAAGUAGUGACGAAAUGUGCGUUGAGUGGCCUGUCCAGAACCUGUAAGCAUCGCAUCAAGCUGGGAGACACAGGCAGCUAUUUCUACAUUUCACCAUCCUGCAGGACCAGGAUUACUGCUGUUUGCAACUUUUUGACUUAUAUCCGGUAUAUCCAGCAAGGCCUAGUCCGACAAGAUGUGGAACAGAUGUACUGGGAAGUUAUGAAGCUGAGGAAGGAAAUGUCAAUUGCUAAACUGGGGUAUUUUACUGAGGAGUCAUAGUCCCUAAGUUUGUGUCCCAGAUUUAGCACUGGGCUGAACAAUUGAAUUUUGGGGGGCUACGAAUUACAAACAAUUGAUUUUAAACAAUGGAAGAAAUAAUGUCUUCUAUAAACAAGAACCCUUUGCUUCCAUGAAAAAAAACAAAUCAAGGAGCAAGUGUGGUAAUGUAUUCAGAAUUUAGUACCUCCUAUAUUCUGGCCUUGUGCUAUAUUUUUAAACAAAAAUCGAUGCUGAAGACUGUGAAUAUAUAUAUAUAUAUACACAGGGUAAAUCUUUAUUAUUUUUUAACCUGUAACUUUGCUCUCUAUUCAAAAUAGUCAAGAAUCUUGUGUAAUAUGAAGACAAAUGUCUGAAAGGAGAAUCGACUGAAGGAAAGUGUUUAUUCCCUUUAAUGUAAUAUUCCCUUAAUUCUCUUGUGGAUUCCCUACUGCCCAGGAUUCUGGACUCUGGCGUGAAUAAUAAUCAGUUGAUUAUAUCUGCAGUGACGAGCUCAAUACCAGCUCAUGUAAAACCUCAAGGAUGGGCAGUUUAAAAAAAACUUGAACCCUUUUAACUCUUUCAUGCUAGGAGACAUUAGUAUUGAUGCUAUACCAGAGAAUCGAACAGCAAAUGGUACAAGAUUUGCUGUAAUAUGAGAAACACAAGGUUGACGUGUUGAUUAAGUUCCUUAAAAGUGGCUACCUUGCAAGUCCAAAAUGUAGUAUUAAGGACAGUCUAGCAAUGGCCACUCUGCUCUAACACUGACCCUCUGGAAAUCUCCCUCCAGUACAUGAACAAACUUAUCCACAUUGCCUGUUGCCCUCUGUGCUCUCCUCAAUUACACCAACACAAUCUCUCACCCUAAUUGUUGUAAUCCAGGCCAGUUUUCCUUCAUCUUCUCUUCUACUAAUGGCAGUACACCUCUUGUUCAUAGGCUCUCACAGCUACUUUCAGAAGCAAGGGGGAAGUAGGGAUGCAAGUAUUUUUAAAAGGACACCCAUCUUUUUAAUUAUUAAUAAUGCCAGUGUCUCCUACUAUUUGAUCAUUUGUUUGGAUCAA